ACUGCUGUGAAUGAGAUGAGCUGUCACGCACCGGUUGGCCGGGCACCCAGCACUAGCCAAGCAAGUGCGCUCCAUACUGUGCCGCUGUGCAGCUGUGCAGAGAGGCAAAGGCUGAAACAAUCGAGAAAACCAUGGCAUCCGGUCCGUCUUGGAUGCAACGAGAUCAAGGCGAGGGACUUACGGCAGCGGAUGGAGGCAUUGGCGCUGAUGGCACGAACGAACCAAAUGGAAGCUACGGCGCAAUCAAGGCAGAGAUGACGGACACCAACCCGGUGCGGUUCGGAUUUCGGGUGGCAUCCCUUGCGCUGGGGUUGAUGAUGAUUAUCGCCGCCUUGACGGAGCUGUGGAACCUGUCGUCUUUUACGACAUUUUUCAUCGCUCUGUACAAUCUUCUCUUCGCCGGAGUGCUGAUUCUUCACGAGAGCCAGGGGUUGAUUAUGUGCGAUGGGGUGGACUACACCAUGCGAAGAUAUUUCGGGCUGGUCUACGGCCACAUGGGCAGGGCUCUUUUCAUCAUCUUCAUCGCGUUUCUCAACUUUGCCUUGACUGACGCUGGGUGGUUCGCAACAUUUACGGGUCUUCUGUUGUUGUUGCAUGGAGGGGCAAUGAUUGUGGUGUUCACCAAGUACCCCCAUCUGCUGGACGAAGCACCUGGACUGGGCGAUCUCAAGACCACGGCACCGCCCAGACAAGACGAAUAUGCGCCUCCUCCGACGAUGCCGUCAACAAGCCUAUAAGCAAGCCUGUGACCGAGGUGAUGUGUAGCUGCACAGAACAUCGGUAAGGACGGGGAUGCGACGCACUGCGAUGGCACGGCCGCCGCCGCCGCCGCCGCCGCGAUGCCUACCAACAAUGGCACAGGCACCCACAAACCCAUUGAUGUGAUGGAUGGAGACGGGAACGGCACCGAACUGUACAGCACGGCAGGAUCGACACAAGCAAGCCGACGGAGUAAUAUGGCUUAUGUCGGUCAAGUCCCAGUUGUGAUUGGCGCUGCAACCGGGCCGCCGAUAACGUGAAUGUCUCGCACGAAUCGUGCCCAACGAACCUGGGAUGCCCAUGACAGUCGGAGCAGGUCGAGGUGGCUGUAGUUUGAUGACGGUGGUGGUUCAGCGGUGUGGCGAGGUCGGCUAGAGGUGUUUGAGGGGUGAGCUGUGUUGCUUCGCAGGCUGCUUGCAGACGGAAUGGCUGGCUUGGUGCAAUGCAGGAUUUUUGGGUCUUGUAGGCUCGUGGUGUAUCUACGUGUUUCUAUACAAACAGAGAAAAGGGAGCCCAAACCUGCCGAUAGGGCGAGUCGUACGCAGCAGUGUGUAUGCACCGCCGUGCCAUGCUUCAUGCACGUGCAACACCUUGCCGUUGUUUUGCAUAUGGCGGUGCAACUGUCGUAGAAUGUAUCGCCGCUGCUUGGUCUUUAGGUGCACUACGCAAGGAAGCACGGUGUUUUUCCAAGGGCCGUGGAAUGUGUCGCCGCUGCUUGGUCGUUGGGUGUACUAUGUUGUAAGGAGGCACGGUGUUUUUCCACCUGAGGCAUUUGGCCAGAUUUGUUUUUGAAGACUUGAUGUUUGAGUACUGCAUAUGUAGACAAAACUGCCGGCAGACAGGGGAAGCAGAACUAUUUGAUACCGUUCAUCAGAGAACGUUGCCGUCUUCGUGUGUCUUGAUCUGGCUCGUUGGGUAGUCAGCAAUCUGGGUGAAUACAUUUCGCCGUUGAUGGGAUUGUUGUGUUGUCAUACCUACGAAGGUCCCUUUUUUUGACCUGUGCAGUCGGGGCCCGGAGAUGAGAAAGGUACUCUUCGGGCCGAUGCUCGAUAUCUCUCGUAGUCUGUGCCGACCACCAGCUUGCCAUGUACUGUUGUUGGCUGUAUCAACGAAGCUCAUGUUAUUCGGUCCUACCUUUCCUACCGAUUGUUGUUUGUUUUUGUUGAACGUUCUUCCUGAUUUCCCACGGAGCUUGCGUCCCACAUUCUAAACGUCUCUG